GUACGGAGUACGGAGUCCUCGUAGUAUAACACUGCUAUCUCCACAUAAAGUAGCUCCAUCGAUUCAGAAUGGCUCCGAAAAUACGUAGCGAGAUCGAAAUCAGUCGGCCGCCUGCGGAAGUUCGAAGCGUGUUUUUCGAUUUCUCUAGGUACCCAGAAUGGCACACAGGAUUCAAUAUAGCCGGACACAAGGGGCCUGAGACGACCAAGGGCGACAAGUUGAGUGUCAAUGCAGGAGGCUUCAAGUUCAGCCCGACUGUUCUCGCCAACUCGACAGAAGAGUUCCGUUGGAUAGGCUCCAUACCCUAUAUUUUUGAGGGAGAACACUACUUCCGCUUUGAAGAGAGCAAGCAAACGCCCGGCGGAACAACAUUUAUCAAUGGCGAAGACUUCGCAGGGUUGUUAUCUUUUCUGUAUGGACCUACCUGGUCCUCCGGCAAGCAGACCUUGAAUAUGUUCCAGGCAUUCAACGAGAGUCUGAAGAAAAGGGUAGAAGGGGCUUGAAGACCAAUUUUUAGUGGGUUGUGGGCAAUUGGCUUGUCGUUCUUUAUCGCUGCCACGUAUUGAAAUCUCUGUGUAAACGUCAAGAAGAAGAUACUGAAGGAGUACUCCGUACUGUGGUAUUUCAUCAGGACCGUCUGG